CUUUCUUCUUCUUUAUAUGAAUCAAGCAGAAACAAGUGCACUUUUACUUUCAAGACAAUUGAAAGAACUCCAAAAGAAUCCAGUAGAAGGGUUUUCUGCAGGAUUAGUAGAUGACAAUAUCUAUGAAUGGGAGAUUCUUAUUAUCGGUGCACAAGAUACAUUAUAUGAAGGUGGUUUCUUUAAAGCUCAUUUGACAUUUCCCAAGUCUUAUCCUAUUGAACCACCUACUAUGAGAUUUGUGACAGAAAUGUAUCACCCAAAUGUUUAUCCUGAUGGUACAGUGUGUAUCUCUAUUCUUCAUCCCCCUGGUGAUGAUAAAUAUGGCUAUGAACAAGCAAGUGAACGCUGGUCACCAGUACAUACCGUGGAGACUAUUUUAUUGUCUGUUAUAUCCAUGUUAUCUAGUCCAAAUGAUGAAUCCCCUGCCAAUAUAGAAGCUGCUAAAGAAUACCGUGAAGAUUAUCCACAAUUUAAAAAGAAAGUAUCUAGACUAGUAAGACAAUCGGCUGAAAUGAUGUAA